AUGAGACUAUUAGUCUGCUUUCUAUUUGUUGUAAUUACUGUAUCUUCAGCGCCAUUGGAAGAUAAAGUAAAUGGCCUAAAGGCUGACUCGAAGGAGGUUCAAGCCUUUGGGCAAUUGCUGAAAGACAAUAAAGAAAAAGAGGAGUUCAAGAAGUUUGUUGAGUUUAUCAAAAAGUAAGAAUCUCUAAAUCCUAGAUUUUAUGCGGGAAAAAAACCUGUUUUUGAUACAUUGAUGACAUAUCUUAUCUUAGCAUAACGCCUGUGUUAAUGUAUAUUAGAUUUCUUCCCUUUUAAUGCUUGCCCGACCGGGUUAAAAAUUCCGGCUUGGCUCAGAGCCAUGUCUAAUCCAGCACACUACUGUGACUGUGCCGAACUUCAGAUACGAUCGCCGUUACAUCAAUGUCAGCGAACUCAAGAAGAGGUUCAAAGCGUUCCAAGCUUCUUUAGUUCAGGUGGAGAAGUUCCAAAAGGCGGACAAAAACGCCGUUUAUGGAGUCACAAAAUUCUCGGAUUUUGAAGUUUCAGAACUCGGAGAAGUAAGUGUGAUUCUUUACCUAUACAAUAUGGUUAUAUGGCUUUUGUCAAAGUGUAUUUCAGAUUCUUGGAUUCAGAACCACUGUUAAAGGUAGUUCUGUUACUGCCAACAUCAGUGUUAAUGGCACUACUACACCUACUACUGUUAAACCAACAACAAAAAUUCCGGUAUCCAAUAACUCUACCAAAAUUGUGAAAAGCACACCUUAUACUGGUCCACCGACGACACAUAUCAUCCAUGCUAAUGGAUCCACAAUAAGUAGUACAACAACAGCUAGUACAACUACAACCAAGGGCAAUAACAAGCCCACUACGACCCGUUUUUGGCAUUAG